UUAUCAUCAAGAAGCAUGUUGGAUUGAAAAACAGUAGUAGGUUGCCUCCAUAGUCUUGGGAGAGAGGUUGCGCAAACCAUCUGCUGAGUAAACCAGUGGAUUCUUCUAGUUCGCUCCGUUCGAUUUCCUGUAGAAACCCUGAUCGGAUCGUCCGAGAGUCAUCCUGAAUGAAAUAGACGUUGUGGUAGGUGCAGAGAGACACAGAGAGUGAUAUUGAAGACGUCUCAAUCCCACAUCUUGCACUAGCCUCUGCUGACGUUGUCGACUCGGUCGGUAAGAUACUAAACGAUUCAAAGGGAAGGACUAAAACUGCCGAAUUACUAUUGGAAACUUCAAGGCCAGUCUGCCACUUGUUCGGAGCCGAGCGUGAUCUGGCUGAUCGUCGGCCAUGGCGAGAAUAGCACACGGAUCGCGGUGGUGGAAUGCUCGCAGCCUGUGUGCAGUACUGCUGAUGGCUAUCACUGUGUCUACGUGUUGUGGACAGACGAGCGAUGUUGACGAAUGUCUGGACAUCAGCACGUGCGGUCAGGUGUGCACGAACACAGUGGCAUCUUACCGCUGUUCAUGCCUGCCCGGCUUCAUGCUGGAAUCGGAUGGCUGGUCGUGUCGACCACCAGCACCAACGCCGUUUCUAAUGUUUGCUUACGGCCAAAACGUCUCACGCGCCAACUUGGACAUGACCCACCGACUACCACUACACACUGGAGAUGGAAACAUCACGGCAUGUGACUUCCUGUAUGUUGACGGCGUGGGCUACUAUGCCGACUCGAAGAACAACUUCAUCGGAAUGCUGAGACUCGAUGGCUCCUCUUACGGACAGCCGCCAACCAAGGUCGUUACGUCGAUCACGCACGUCGAGGGUCUAGCCGUGAAUUGGCUCAAUCGCACGCUCAUUUGGAGCGACGCGGUCGAGUUGAAGAUCUACAAGUCCAGCUUGGUUGGCACGAGUAAGACCGUACUGGUGAACAGUGGCAUAUCCAAACCCCGAGCUCUGGCACUGCAUCCUUUCAAGGGUUACAUGUUCUGGACCGACUGGGACAGUGCAACACCGCGCAUUGAGCGCGCCUCACUGCACGACGGCUCGCAGCGACAAGUCAUCGUCAACACCGCUAUCACACAGCCAAACGGCAUUACUGUAGACUUCGUCGACAAUCGCAUCUUCUGGGUGGACGCCACGCUAAACAUUGUUGAAUCGGCAAACCUGGAUGGCAGCAGCCGCACCAUUGUUUGGAGGAACCCGGGCCAGCACCCAUAUGCCAUGACCCUGUUUGUUGACCGGAUGUUCAUCACGGAUUGGAUCACGGGUUACAUUCAGAGCGGGCGCAAGUACAACGGAGCCAUGGACCGCGUGGUGCUCAGGGCUGGCAUCAUGCAGCCCGGUGAUGUACACGCUGUGCAUCCCACAAGGCAGAAGUCCGCGCAGCCAGAUGGUGAUGAGUGUAGAGUGGAGAACGGCGGAUGCGAUCAAAUCUGCACAAACACAGUCGGCUCAUUUCACUGCUCCUGUGCUUCGGGCUUCACCUUGAAUUCGAACAACAGAACAUGUACAUUUUUGUCGGCGUGCGGCAGUACGAACGGAGGCUGCUCCCACCACUGCUCGCUCAGUGCCACGAGCGCUCCGCAGUGCAGCUGCCCUACGGGAUUCCGUUUGCUCAGCGAUGGCAAGACCUGCACUGAUAUUGAUGAAUGCCAGGUUGGCACACCGUGCCAGCAGACGUGUACCAACACCAUUGGCAGCUUUGAAUGCUCCUGCUCGGGUGAUACGUUCCUGGAUGUGUCCGGCAGGAAAUGUGAAGGUUGCUCAAUCAACAACGGCGGCUGUCAGCAGCUCUGCGUGACCAGCACGUUCCGCAAGACAUUCUACUGUGUGUGCCAUGCUAACUUCUCGCUGGGGACUGACGGCAGGUCAUGUGUCAAUGCCAACGCGACUGCUUUCCUGCUCUUUGCCGACCGGCGAUACUUGCGCCGUAUCAAUCCGGACGGAACAGACUUCAAGAACAUCCGCAGCUUGUUCUACGGCUGGUAUCAUGCGUGCGAUUACGACUAUGCUACCGGCAUGGCAUUCUACGCGUAUGGGUCCUACUCGGCUACAUCCACGUCAGCACUGGCAAAGGCCAAUAUCCAGAAUGGGGCCGGGGAAACGACUCUCCGCACGAUGGGAACUGGCUCACAGGUCACAGCGAUGCGUGUGGACUGGUACCACCGAAAACUGCUUGUCCUUGAUGCUGGCAACAAUGCGAUCUACCGAUGUGAACUGGAUGGCAGUAGCUGGAGUCUGAUGAUGACCAUUGGCUCUUCUCUGACCAAUGGUGGAACACCUGCAGGCCUCAUGGUGGACCCUUAUGACAACAAAAUCUACUUUGCCAUAAAGGGAGGGAGCACACCUCGCAUUCUAGUUGCUAACCUCAACGAUGCCUCGGGGCUGAAGGUGUACUACGUUGCCAAAUCCAUGGCCUCUAUCUCUUCUCUGGAUAUUGACUUCGAGGCCAACUCAUUGAUGUGGACCGACAGCCACUUCAACAAUAUCAACAGUAUCAAUUUGAUGGAUCUGACAACGCAACAGGUCUAUAAUCACAGCCAAGUCGUUUCACCAACUGGCAUCACAACAUUCGAGGAGUCCCUGUGGUACUUGAGCAGCAACAGAAUAAAGCGCUAUCGGUUCAAGACCAGGCAGGACAGCACCACCAUCUCCUCGAGCAUAUUCCAGGCGCUGAAGUCGCUUAAAGUUGUUCAUCCGUUCAAGCAACCUAGUGAUGGCUAUCGCAAGUGCUUUUUGAACCAGAACGCCUGCGCUCAGAUCUGCAUUCCCCACGCCACCAACUUCACAUGCGCUUGUCGAACUGGCUGGGUGCUCGCCGCCGAUGGUCAUGCCUGCACAGAAAUUCCACCUCCAACUGAUCCAACCGCCCCUACAACACCUCCGCCUGUCUGUACACCAACAUUUUGCUUGGGAAGCUUCAUGAAUCUUGGUGGCGUUCCCACGUUCCACAUUCCGACCGCUGCGGAUGCCAUGCUCACCCCAACUGCCAACCCAGUUCUGUUCAAUGGAGCAGGCGUGAGCGGAUGCAACGAGAUCAAACAGAACAUCUGGUACCAUGUCGGAGGAGACUCGUGCAACCAGCUUGCCGUGCCCGGCGACAUCUUCUACGUGACUGGCAAUGGCAUAUUUGGAAGGAACGUCCACGAUACGGCGUCCUGGAUGACCGUGGAAAAUCGCACCAUUCAGCUUUACAUGCAGUGUGCCGGUGACAUACGCUUCUGCGUCCAGUUCAAGAUCACCACUAUGCGGCCAACACUUCCACCCGAUCCCUGUAUGACUGGUAACGGAGGCUGUAGCCACACGUGCACCAACAACCUGGGAACAGCCGUCUGCAGCUGCCCUGCUGGACAGUACCUGCCACCAAGCAACCACACUGACUGCCAUCCGUGCAUGGCUGGCAAGUACGGUGGCAACUGCACAUCCGACUGCACGUGUCAGAACGGUGCUGCCUGCAACGCAGUGAGUGGAGCAUGCACCUGCACGGAUGGCUUCAUCGGCACUAGCUGUGAAAACCCUUGUGCCGCCGAUUCCUACGGCCCGGGCUGCACGUCCCUGUGCACCUGCAAGAACAUGGCUACCUGCAGCAACGUGGACGGCGCGUGCAACUGCUCAAGCAUCACAGGCUUCACCGGAACUGACUGUAACACCGGGUGUGCGUCAACUCAGUAUGGUCGUAACUGCUCCCAGAUGUGCCAGUGCCAGAACGGCGCGACGUGCGAUCCAAACACCGGAGCCUGCACCUGCGCACCUGGAUACACGGGAACCGACUGUGGACAGAGUUGUCCGACUGGUACGUUUGGCCAGGACUGCGCAUCACCAUGCCUAUGUCAGAACGGUGCAGUGUGCAACCAUGUCACAGGUGCCUGCACGUGUACUGCUGGCUACAUGGGAACUGUCUGUGAUCAGUCUUGUCCUCCGGAUCGUUAUGGCCGUGGCUGUGUGCUGAGCUGCACGUGUCAAAACGGAGCAACGUGCAACGGCACCAACGGGGCCUGCACAUGUCUGCCUGGCUACUUUGGAACCAAUUGCCAGAACCAAUGCCCCACUGGAACGUUUGGUGUUGGCUGCGCCCCAUGCCAGUGUCUGAACGGAGCGGCCUGCGACUUCACCAAUGGACACUGCACCUGUGCGGCGGGCUACACCGGCACUCUGUGUUCAAAUCCGUGCCCGACUGGCUCUUGGGGUCAGGGAUGUAACCAGACGUGCACCUGCCAGAACGGAGCACAGUGCUCUAAUGUCGAUGGAACCUGCACCUGCUCACCCGGCUGGCAAGGAACAAGCUGCGCUCAGCCUUGUCCAGCUGGCUCGUUUGGUCAGGACUGCCGAGGCGUGUGCCCGUGCAAGAAUGGCGCGCAGUGCAACCACAUCAGUGGAGUGUGUACAUGCACGGACGGCUACUUUGGUGCUACUUGUGACCAAAUGUGUCCCCCGGGCACGUACGGAACGCUAUGCAGCAAGCCAUGCACGUGUCGCAACGGCGCUAGCUGCAACCACGUCAACGGAACUUGCACAUGCACACCCGGCUUCACAGGCACUAUGUGCACCAUGCCUUGCCCUACCGGUAGCUUUGGCCAGGGCUGUAAUGAUACUUGCACUUGCCAGAAUGGCGCGGCCUGCAACCCGGUCACCGGCGCUUGCUCCUGCACUGCCGGAUUUCAGGGAACUUCCUGUGACCAAGUUUGCCCGUCCGGCACGUGGGGACUGGACUGCUCUCAGUCGUGCUCCUGCCAGAACGGCGCUUCCUGCGACCACGUCACCGGCGUGUGUACCUGUACACCUGGCUACACAAACAUCGACUGCUCACAGCCCUGCUCCACCGGUACAUACGGCGACAAGUGUGCGCAGAACUGCACGUGCCAGAACGGCGCCCAGUGCCAUCAUGUGUACGGAAACUGUACGUGUACGACCGGAUACACGGGCAGCAGCUGCGAGAACGAAUGUCCCACUGGUAUGUACGGUCUGGGCUGUGCCAACACGUGCCAGUGUGUGAACGGUGCCUGCCACCACGCGACAGGUGUCUGCACGUGUAAUGCUGGCUUCAUGGGAACUGCUUGUGAUCAAGGUUGUCCGCCGGAUCGCUUUGGCGUGGACUGCACCAGUAUGUGUGUCUGCGACAAGGGUACAUGUGACCCGGCCACUGGCCACUGCACCUGCAGCCCUGGCUAUAUUGGAAUCAACUGCAGUCAAGCUUGCAUGGGUGGUACCCACGGACAGGACUGCUCCAUCAGCUGUACAUGCCAGAACGGCGCACAGUGCAACAACACCAACGGUGCCUGUGCUUGCACGCCCGGCUACAUCGGCGCCGACUGCGGCCAGCAAUGCAGCAGUGGUUCCUACGGCCAGGACUGCGGCUCGACGUGUGACUGCAAGAACGGCGCCAGCUGCAACUUUGUCAACGGCACGUGCACGUGCACAGCCGGAUGGCAAGGAACUGACUGCGGACAACCGUGCGCGUCGAAUCAGUUCGGUCUGAUGUGUACGUCACCAUGCCAGUGUCAGAAUGGUGCCCAGUGUAACCACGUCAACGGAUCAUGUACAUGCACCGCUGGAUGGACUGGCACUAACUGUGAUCAAGCUUGUCCAGCAAACACGUAUGGACAAGACUGUGCCAUGACAUGUCAGUGUCAGAAUGGAGCACUCUGCGACCACGUAUCGGGUCACUGCACGUGCGCACCUGGCUGGAGAGGAACGCUCUGCGACCAGAAAUGUGCUGCUGGUACAUUCGGUCAAGACUGCAGCAGCCCGUGUCUCUGCCAGAACGGUGCGGCAUGCGAUCAUGUCACUGGCUCGUGCACAUGCAUGGCUGGAUUCAAAGGUGCCCUGUGCGAUCAAGGAUGCACCGCUACCGAAUACGGUGUAAACUGCCCCGGUGUCUGUACUUGCCAGAAUGGAGCUGCCUGCUCCCCGACUGACGGCGCCUGUACCUGCACACCGGGCUACACCAGUGCCAACUGCAGUGAAGUGUGCCCCAGCGGUACAUUUGGCCAGGACUGCGUGUCCACAUGCACGUGUAUGAACGGCGCCUUCUGUGAGCCAGACACUGGUUUCUGUGACUGUGAGCCAGGCUACAAGGGUGUCACCUGCGAUCAACCAUGUUCACCUGGAACGUACGGCCCGUUCUGCCAGGAAACAUGCGCGUGUCAGAACGGCGCUGCGUGCGACAGCAAGUAUGGCUACUGCAACUGCACUGCGGGACAUGUCGGCACAAACUGCUCCAUGGACUGCCCACCGUUCACCUACGGCUAUAACUGCAUGGGAGUAUGUGACUGCCGCAAUGCCGCGCAGGGCUGCAACAAGGCAAACGGCACGUGCAACUGCGCUCCAGGAUUCCAUGGCGACAACUGCGAAAAUAACUGCCCUCCUAAUUACUUUGGCUCGGGCUGCAUAGCGAUAUGCGGCUGCCAGAACGGCGCUCAGUGUUCAGCUACAGACGGACAAUGUGCCUGUCAAGCGGGAUACAUUGGCUCUUCCUGCGAAAACCAGAUCUCUGGUUCCGCCCCUGGUCCUCUUCUGUUCUCUCGGCUCUCAGCUUGUCCUGCCGGCCAGUUUGGACCCGACUGCGUGAUGACCUGCAACUGCGUGAAUGGCAACUGUAGCAACGUGGACGGCACGUGCAGCUGUUUCGGUGGCUUUUCCGGCCCGUUGUGCAACAACCCGUGCUCGUCGGAUCGCUUUGGACCGGACUGCCUGGGCGUGUGCGAUUGUAAGAAUGGUGGCAAAUGCAGCCCAGUUGAUGGCACCUGUAACUGCACCGCCGGAUAUAUGGGAACAGAUUGCGCUCAGACCUGCCCUCUGGGAAUGUUUGGCUAUGCAUGCUCGAGCACCUGUAUGUGUCAGAAUGGUGCUGCAUGUCAUCAUGUGACUGGAGCCUGUGCCUGUACACCGGGUUACGAGGGGAUGUUCUGCCAGCAACCAUGUGCGCCUGGAGUGUUUGGUGCUGGCUGUAACAGCCCGUGCACGUGUCAGAACGGCGCCACCUGUGACCACAUCACCGGCGCAUGUACCUGUACACCUGGCUGGAUGGGAGCGGAUUGUGACAUGCGGUGCCCGGCUAACAUGUUUGGCACGAACUGUGCCUCGACGUGCCAGUGUGUGAACGGUGCUCAGUGCGAUCCGGCCACUGGUGCUUGCAAGUGUGCGCCUGGAUUCCAGGGAAUGACGUGCGGCAUGGCUUGCCCAUCUGAUCGAUUUGGCCAGGACUGUGGCCAGAUGUGCCAGUGUGCUAACGGUGCUAACUGCUCGGCAGUCAACGGUGCGUGCACGUGCGUGCCUGGGUGGACUGGCACGAACUGCAACACUGACAUUGAUGAAUGUAGUACAGCCAACGGAGGUUGCAGCACGACAUGCCAGAACUCCCUCGGAGGAUACCAGUGCUCAUGCAAUGCUGGAUUUGAGAUUUCCAGCGACAGACACAGCUGCCAAGAUGUGAAUGAGUGCUUGAUCAACAACGGUGGCUGCUCUCACAUCUGCGUGAACUUGGUCGGCUCGUCGCGCUGUGAGUGUCCAGCAGGCUGGGCAUUGACUUCCAACGGCAACACGUGUCAAGACAUUGACGAGUGCAAGGCGAGGAACGACACGUGCCAGCAGUUCUGCCACAACACUGUGGGUAACUACACGUGCACUUGUUCACCCGGACUGAUCAUCGCUUCAGAUGGACGAUCCUGCCAAGCCGGCCCAGCGGGUGGCUGCCUGGUCAGCAAUGGUGGAUGUGCUCAGCUUUGCACACCGCAUCCAGGCAGCGCCGCUGUCACCUGUUCUUGCUUUAUCGGUUAUGUUCCCGACCCUACCGACCCAUCCAACUGUGUGGACCGGGAUGAGUGCCAGCAGAGCAACGGAUUCUGCCAACAGACUUGCAGGAAUUUCGUCGGCAGCUAUGAGUGCACGUGUGGCACUGGUUAUAUACCUAACGUGUUCAAUCCAACGCAGUGCAUUGACAGCAACGAGUGUGCUACGGCCAACGGGUUCUGUGCUCAGAGGUGCACCAACACAGCUGGUAGCUAUGUGUGUGAAUGCGGUGUUGGAUACACCCUGGACACGGCUGAUAAUCGCACUUGCACUGACCUGGAUGAGUGUGCAGUCAGCAAUGGUAACUGCCAGCAGACCUGCGUUAACACAGCUGGCUCGUAUCAAUGCAGCUGCCGUGGAGGUUAUACCAUCAGCGCUACGGACGCCACCAAAUGUGUGGAUCUGAACGAGUGUAGCUUCAACAAUGGUGGCUGCCAGCAACAGUGCAUCAACUCAGAUGGCAGUUUCCAGUGUGCCUGUAGUCCUGGCUUUGCUGGUGCGGUGGACAACUGUAUGGACAUUGACGAGUGUUCAUUCACUGGCAGUUCGGCUGUGUGCCCUCGCCUGCCGUCACUGCAGACCUGUGUCAACACGCCUGGUUCCUACAAGUGUGAUUGUCAAGUGGGUUAUAUGUUCUCUGCAACGAAUGCCUCCUUGUGUGUGGACCGUGAUGAGUGUCUAGUCAACUCUGGAGGCUGUGAGCAGACAUGCCAGAACUUCGUGGGUGGAUAUAGCUGUGCUUGCCGUGAUGGCUACACAGUAGACGCGACCAACGCCCUGCAGUGCAGCGAUAUCAACGAGUGCAGUGUGCAGAACGGCAACUGCUCGCACGCCUGUCAGAACCUGCUGGGUAGCUACCAGUGCUACUGCCCAACAGGCACUAUGCUGUCUUCGGACAUGAGAACUUGUGUCGCUCUUGACCUCUGUGGUGCUGGCAAUGGUGGAUGUGAGCAGCUCUGCCAGACGAUCAGUGGACAGCCCGUCUGCAGCUGUGGAUCAGGUUAUAUGGUCGACCCGGCAAACAGUGCAGCAUGUCAGGAUGUCAACGAAUGCCUGAACAAUAAUGGAGGCUGUCAGCAGACUUGCACUAACCAUCCUGGCAACUACAGCUGCUCUUGCAUUGCUGGAUAUGAGCCAGUCACCGGAGAUCCGCUGGGCUGUCAGGACUUCAACGAAUGUACAAUCAACAAUGGAAACUGCCAGCAGAGAUGCAUCAAUCUGAUACCUGGAUACGAGUGCGAGUGUAACACGGGAUUCUUGGUUGAUCCCAGCGACAGCCAGAUGUGUCUGGUCGACCCGUGCUCCGUUGCAAACUGCUCACAGGUCUGCACCGUUCAGUCAAAUGGCACGGCGCUCUGCUCUUGCAAUGCUGGCCUGGUGGUGGUACCCACGAAUCCGACGGCGUGUGCCAUUGCCGAUGUGUGCGGUGCGCUGAGCGGCGGCAGUUGCCAGCAGCUGUGCGUGAAUAACCCGCUGGGCAUGGGAUACCACUGCGAGUGCAACAUGGCUGGCUUUGUCGUCGAUCCCAGCGACGCCACCAUGUGCACUGCAUGUCCCAGUGGAACGUACGGCGUCGGUUGCGCAAUGACCUGCCAGUGUGCCAAUGGCGCUGCCUGUUCGGCGACGAAUGGCAUGUGCACGUGCACAGCGGGGUGGACGGGGACAUUGUGUGAUCAGAAAUGCCUGCCGGGAAAAUUCGGUCCAAACUGUGCCAACGUGUGCACGUGCCAGAACGGUGCGACAUGCGAUCGCUUCACAGGCUACUGCAACUGCACGGCCGGAUUCAUUGGAGCUGACUGCACGCAUGCAUGUGCACCGGACAAGUUUGGUCUCAACUGCACAGACAAGUGCCUGUGCCAGAACAGCGCCGUGUGCAACGCCGUGGACGGCACCUGCUUCUGCACGCCGGGCUUUCAGGGAGAACUGUGCGAUGCUAACUGCCCCGCCGGUACCUAUGGUCAAGACUGCAGCCAGACGUGCACGUGCCAGAACGGCGCCAGCUGCCACCACGUCACCGGUGUGUGCACGUGUACGCCGGGCUAUCGUGGAGCUGACUGUGGCCAGGAGUGCCAGGUGCAGCGGUAUGGCCAGGACUGCAACCAGAUCUGCAGCUGUGUGAACACCAACGCGUCGGUGUGCGACCACAUCGCCGGAAUGUGCUUCUGCUCGCCGGGUUACUUGGGCGUAUCGUGUGACCAACAAUGUGCGACGGGAAUGUUUGGCGACGCGUGCGAGCAGAACUGUACGUGCAUCAACGGCGGUGUGUGCAACUUCAAGAAUGGCACCUGUGACUGCCCCGCCGGCUAUGCAGGAGACGACUGCGAACAGAGGUGUCCAAUGGGAACGCACGGUCCCGACUGCAGUCUCCUCUGCACCUGCGUGAACGGUGGAGUCUGUCAUCAUGUGACCGGCUCCUGCACCUGCCCGGCCGGCUUCAUUGGCCAGCACUGUCAGAAUGAAUGCCCCUCCGGUAUGUUUGGCGAUAACUGCACUCAGACGUGUGCGUGCCAGAACGGAGCGAUGUGCGACAAGGCCAACGGAACCUGCUACUGCGAGACCAUCCGUGGCUACACUGGUCUGACGUGCGAUACACGAUGUGCGGCCGGAACCUACGGCAUUAGCUGCAUGGACACCUGCACAUGCCAGAACGGUGCAGCGUGCGAUCACGUGACGGGCGUGUGCACGUGCACGGCAGGCUUCAUGGGCACCGACUGCUCGCAAGGCUGCACAAGUCAUACGUAUGGUCCUGGUUGCAUAGAGCAGUGUACGUGUCAGAACAAUGGCCUAUGUGACCCGAUGACUGGCAGCUGCACGUGCACCGGUUUCACAGGAGAAAACUGCACUGAGCCGUGUGACAUGUCACACUAUGGGCUGGAGUGUCAGGACGUGUGUGCCUGUCAGAACGGUGCGGCGUGCGAUGCACUGAGCGGCAUGUGCACGUGCACAACGGGAUUUAUCGACACCAACUGCUCCACAAGCUGUGCCAAUAUUGUCGAUCCUGUGACAUUGGGCAACGUGUACGGCGAUGACUGCACUCAGCUGUGUACGUGUGAGAAUGGCGGAGCCUGCGAUCCCGUUGACGGCAGCUGUACAUGCGUGGGCUACCGAGGAGCAAACUGCUCAGACGUGUGCGAUCCCGGUACGUAUGGUCUCCAGUGUGGCACAAACUGUACGUGUGUCAACGGCGCUGGCUGCGACACUACAACGGGAGCCUGCUCCUGUACACCAGGCUGGCAGGGAGUAAACUGUCAACUCCCUUGUGACGCGCUGUCAUUCGGCCAGGACUGCGCCAGCCUGUGCAAUUGCCAGAACGGCGCCACGUGUCAUCCCAUCACCGGCGUCUGCAACUGCUCGGCGGGCUUCACUGGCGCUAACUGCCACAUCCAGAUCACAACACAGCCCGUCACCACCCAGGCACCCACGUGCUCGUCGUCAUUCUUCUGCUUCCAGGGUGUUUGCAUCAACGACGGUACCAACCAGUUCUGCGAUUGCUUUGACGGCUGGCGGGGAGCGACAUGCGCAGAAGAAGUCUUCGUAUGUGACCCAGUCACUGGGUUCUUCUGUCCAUCGCAAGACGCUAAUAAGUCAUCCGAUUUGGCCACCAAGCCAGGGCUCAUCGCGGUCUAUGUCAUUGCUGCACUCAUUGCCAUCGGAGCUAUAGCCGCGCUGCUCUACAUCAAAAGGAGCCGGCGAGUGAAGUCAAUGCGAAUGGCGCACGCCUAUCGUGAGACCAGUGCCAUGGUUCAGGAGAACCCCACGUACCAGCCAGUGCGCACUCUCUCCGAUGAAUACGAGGAUGGACUUGACAAUCCGACCUACAUGUCCAACGAAAAGCCCCCGGUGGAUGAGAGUUCUUUCAACGACGAGGAGCGGACCUACGCCACUAUGCUGCCUAUAGAGCGCAUGCCCAGGCAGGCUCCGCCGAUGGAUAAUCCAAUGUACGCGGGAACAACCGAGUCUGGCGUGGUGCGAAACAAUAGCACGCGACAACCACUGGGUUCUUCAGUGGCUCGGAAUCCGUUUUACGACAACCAGAGAGGCAUGGGUAUGGGUGUGUCCGCUGAGAAUCCGUACGAGGAAAUCGGCGCAAGAGUGUGAUACUCCAUCUAAAGCACCAUGGCAACAAACUCAUGGUCAUGGCAACACAUGCGUAGUCUAGCAGCGUAGUACUAUGCUAAUUGUGCCAGACAAGCAACGCUGAGCGCCUCGUACGGCGUCUGGAAGUAAGACACUUUCAGCAUGAACACAAAGCUAAAUUCAUCUUGAUCUCACCGGCAAAUCUUGCAUACGCGUACUUAUCUCUCAACGUUGCAAUAAUAUCAUGAUUGUUAAUUCUGUGCUACUUUGAACUAUUAUUUAUGUAGAAAUAAAGUGCUUGCCUGUAGCUAAACAUAUACCCUUGCCUUUUGAAGCAGGUAUUUCCCCGUGAUCACAUGCGAAUAAUGGCUUCAAGAAGACCUAUUUCGUAUGGCCUUCCUGACCACCCAAGACCAUACAUACCCAGCCUGUACUUUACCAGCUUUUCAGGCGGCUUGAUUUUCGUGAUUCAAAAAAUAUAAUUAUGGAUUGAAUUUUUUUAAACAAUAGAACUCAAAGGGACGCUGUUCCUAACAAAUAUCACAAGAGAUUAUGCUAGUGUCAUCUACUUAGGAUUUCUAAACCUUCAACUGCCAAUUAUAGCUUGCUAUUUUCUCUCUCCCUCUCUCUCGCUUUUGAACAGAUCAAAGAAAUUCAAUAUUUACAUACA